GGGGCGGGCCCUAUAAUGGCGGCCGGGCGGCGGCAGCGCGGCAGCGCUGAGUACCUAAAACACUGGAAAUACUUGAAAGCUCCCUCCUAAUAACAGGCUCUUUUGACGUGGUCCUUAUUGCCUGGUUUACUAACCUAGAGAAUUACAUUUAUCACUGGCAUUCUUGCAAGCUAUUUCUGAUACACUAACUGUGAUAUCUUUUUUUUCUUGCAUUUCAUUCUGUUUGACCAGUGAUAUUUGGCCAGACAAUUUUUUUCUGUCUGUAGGCAGUGUCCCAUUUCGGUCUGUUUGUAUGGAGGCGGUGCUGGUGUGUUUUGAUUUGUAAUCCUUGAGGGAAGUGUGCAGGGAGGUUCAUAAAUCUGUGGCGGUGUUUGGUGUUUUUUUCCUGAGUGUGUGUGUGUCUUGUUUUCCUUACAGAGCAAUAUGCUUGUUUUUGUUGAAGUCCUUACCCCGUUGAGCAAAACUACAAGUUAGGUGCUGGGUACAAGCUUCUGUAAUAAGUCGCUCUUUUACUCUUUUUGUAACAAUAGAAUUCAUACCGAUGAAACCACUUGGAACAUCAUAGUAACAUUAAAAGUCUGUGAAGUAUCCUCUUAUCUUAGUACCAGAGGAAACAAAAGCAUUAUUAAAUCCUAACAGAAAUAUUUAUCUAUGCAGUUAUGUUCUUAAAGACAGCUUUAUUUAAAUCUGUUACUCCUCAACCACAGGCUUCAACUAGAACCUCUUCUCUGCUAUCCCAGGCAUGGAUGGAGAGCAUGAUAGAGUGCUGUUACUCAUGUAGACACUCACAAAGGACACAGAGAAAGGAGUAGGAGAGUACAUGAUAAUCCUGUCUCAGCACAGUACAAUUCUAGGUUUGAAUUGUUGCCUUCCUGAAAACUGAGCUGUAUUUUAAAUCUUAACAGUCCCACCGAAGUGAUGCACUUUUAGCUAGCCCUUAAGAGGUCCAGGUUUACAGAAUAACUUCUGAAAUAUUCUAGCACUCGAACGCAGCGUUACGUUCUGUGCAAUGCCCAGAGGUGCUGCCCUGUUAAUUGAAGGGUAUUGAUAGACUUCAUAUUGCCACGCCAUAUGGGGGAAAAUGCAGCUCAGUUCUUGUUCAUAAGUUAUAGUUCUGUGGGUUUUUCCCCCUUCCCCAGAACCCUUGAUCUUGAAGAUGGUGAGUAGCCAGCCUAAGUACGAUCUAAUACGGGAGGUUGGUCGUGGCAGUUAUGGUGUGGUGUACGAAGCAGUCGUCAGGAAGACCUCUGCCCGGGUCGCUGUGAAAAAGAUUCGGUGCCAUGCUCCAGAGAACGUGGAACUAGCUCUGCGUGAGUUCUGGGCACUUAGCAGUAUCAAGAGCCAGCAUCCCAACGUCAUUCAUCUGGAGGAGUGCAUCUUGCAGAAAGAUGGCAUGGUGCAGAAGAUGUCCCAUGGCUCCAGUUCCUCCCUUUACUUACAGCUUGUAGAGACCUCGUUAAAAGGAGAAAUAGUCUUUGACCCCAGAAGUGCUUAUUACCUAUGGUUUGUAAUGGAUUUCUGUGAUGGAGGAGAUAUGAAUGAGUAUCUGUUGUCCCGAAAGCCUAACCGCAAGACCAACACCAGUUUCAUGCUUCAGCUCAGCAGUGCCCUGGCUUUCCUGCACAAAAACCAAAUUAUUCAUCGUGAUCUCAAACCUGACAAUAUUCUGAUAUCCCAGAGCAGGAUGGAUGCUAGUGACUUGGAGCCCACGCUGAAAGUAGCUGAUUUUGGGCUGAGUAAGGUAUGUUCCGCUUCAGGACAGAACCCCGAGGAACCAGUCAAUGUAAAUAAGUGUUUUCUAUCAACUGCAUGUGGGACUGACUUCUAUAUGGCCCCCGAAGUCUGGGAAGGACACUACACUGCCAAAGCAGACAUUUUUGCCCUGGGGAUCAUAAUCUGGGCGAUGCUAGAAAGAAUCACAUUCAUAGACACAGAAACAAAGAAAGAACUUCUGGGGAGUUACGUCAAGCAGGGGACAGCGAUCGUGCCUGUUGGGGAGGCGCUUCUAGAAAACCCUAAAAUGGAGCUACUCAUCCCUGUAAAGAAAAAAUCCAUGAAUGCUCGCAUGAAACAGCUGAUUAAGGAAAUGCUGGCUGCCAACCCACAGGACCGUCCCGAUGCUUUUGAACUCGAGCUGCGAUUAGUCAACAUAGCUUUUAAAGACUAUGGCAGCUGGGAGACGUGACCCGCCGAGCAGUCUGUCUCUUGGUAGAGCUGCUGCUGGCCUAACUGAUGGUGCAACUUCGUGGCAGUAAAAGAAACGAGCCUGAUCUCAAACCUGCGGGUUUAGUUCCUUCCGACAGAAUUUUGGGUUUCAUAAACUAUCAGAAUGUGAGUUGGCCAUUGUGUUAGCACUGCGUCUGUGUGUGUUACCAGGAUGUCAUAUGCAAGUGUAAGAUGUGACGGUGUUCAUUUGUGUACGUUGGCAGUGGGAUGUCUUAAGAGCUGAGACUUGGUUUCCAGCAAUAUCUCAGAGUAUUUCCUACAUUCCAGUUUCCUAUAUCAGUAUUAGGAACUCCUCAUGGAAAGAGGUUUGCAUGCUGGCAGUGCAAAUCUUCAGGCUUUGUAAAGUAAUUCUGUGUAUAUAUUUAUGUCUACGAGUGACUGGGAGCGUGUGCCUGUAAGUGUGUUGCAUUCCAUGGAGAAAUGACACUUCUCUUAAAUUAUUUGCUGUGGGUCUGAAUGAUUGGGGUCUGCUAGAACACCGGGUGAGGAAGAUGGGUGAGAAGCAUUCCUUCUUCUCCAGUCCUGGAUAACUUUAUUAUUUAUUUUUGUUAUCUAAUGUUAAAGAUAGGGUCUGAGACUUGACUUUGUAGACAAAAAAAAAAUACAAUGCAAGGGUAUCAGCAGCUUUAAAAGUGCUGAGGUGGUCGAGUUUAGCACUUCCAGCCUAAUGAGCUCAUCACUGUGGGAGUCAAAUUACAAGUGCAUGCAAUCAGGUGCUAGCAUGGUGGCUAGUUCAUUAACCAUUCAAUUCUGCUUUCCCCUACUAAUCAAAUACUUUAUUAAUCCAUUAAUCUACAGCUUCACAACAUGCUCCCUCCUUUAAACUAGAAUCCAGUAGCAAACUGAGUAGUUACAGUAGAGCUUCCAUGUGAAAAGGCAACUCCCUGAUGAGGGAAUCCAGCAGCAUAAAGCAUUGUUCUGAAGAUUCUCCAAAAUAAUGGUUACGGCACAGUUUUCUUGUUAAGCGGAUCUGUUACUGGUCCUGGUCUCCCUUUCCGGUGCUGCCUGUAACCUGGUAGUGACGAGGAGAUGAAGGGAUGGCUGUCCUCUUGAACACACCGCAAAUACGGGAGAAAACUCUUAGUGAUCAGUGAAAGGCAUCUCAGACUUGUGCAGCAACCUUGGCCAAUCUUUGGAUUUAUUUUCCUGCUUUUGAUAAGUAAUAUUUAAAACCGCUGCCAGUAGGAAAGAAAGCUUUGGAGCAGCUGGAAGGCUGCUUAUCCCCCUCUCUCACUGCACAGGAGCACGUUCACGUGCUAAGAGAUGUUUCAUUUAUGCUACCUGACACUGCAGGCCGGACAGAAGCUGCUUUGUGCUGGUAUGGUACUUUUCUCUUUUGGCUGCAGGAGCAUGACCUUUCCCAUCAAUUUGACCUUUUGAAAAUGUAGUUCUUAAAAAAAAAAGGCAGUUUUUAUUAAAGCUGUAACAAAGGCUGUUUCUUUUUUUGAUAAAAUCAAUUCAAUGCUUUGGUUUUCUUAAAUCUUACCUGGAAACUGCCAUGAAACCUGAAACCCUGCCCAGAGUGAGUAAGCAGCGAAACCAACAAAUUUAUUGGAAAAGCAAAGGUUUCCGAUUCUACCAGACUUCUGAGGCUUGACAGACUACAGCAGGAAGUUCUUAGCUGCAGGUCUUGCCUGCUGAGUGUAGUCCUGGUGGCAGCAGUUACCUGGGGGUCCGUAGUGGUUAAUUCUUAGUUUGCGUCACUUGGUCUAAGGCAGAUUGCCUAAACAGUGAUGCUCAGACAGACAUGUUUUACUGUCUCAAAGCAGAACAAUAUUUAGUGUCUAGAUGAGCUUUCCGAAGUGACUUCGGGAGGAUGGCGCUGCGUCACACCGAGGUGUUUGGAUCCAGCAGUGUCUGAUCCCUCGUGCCUGAGCUGGCAGGGAUGGAGGCGAGUGCAUCGUGCUGAAGGUACGGCCUCUUGCCUGCACAGAUGUCCCAGCGCUGCACCGUCCCUGCAGGGAGCUCUGUCUGUAAAGGAAGCCUGGGAGCCUCUCUGAGUAAUGGGUGACGAGGAGAGCUCUUGUGUUCUAGAAGUGGAGGUCUGCUCGUUCUCACAUCUGAACUGGGUUCGGUACAACUGGAAACUCAGCUUGUUAGGAGGAAAGCAAACCUCUUGCUCUCUGUGCUAACACCUCUACAGCACUUACAUCCCAGCGUGGUCAUUCAGGGAGGCUGCGUAAAGCUGAGGGUAGAUAACCUUUCAGGUCAAACUUCUGAAAAUGCAUUAACUUCCUCCUCUCCGGCCCACCCGAAAGACAGAAUCAGCUCUGUUAAUUCAACUCUGUUAAUCUGAGGGUAUUAAUCUACUCCGGAAUAAUAGUACUUACCGGUAAGGCUCUUUGCAAAUCAUUUGAUUCUCCUCUGAAGUACUUCAAAGGAUGAGCACUGAAUGUGCUGCCUGCCUGCGGUGCAGAAAUGAGUGCUAAUGAAUGCACAAAAAAUUCCUUUUUUGACUCCCAAAGGAUGCGUUUGCACUGAUUGCCACUUUAAAGGGUGGGGGUACCUGAAAUCCCUCUCAUGGUGCUUAGCCUUGCUGUUGGGUGACACUGAGCACUUCCUUGGCUCGUUGAAUGAUAGUCCCUGAGGUUUGUGUUCUGUUUGAUUUUUGUUGUCUGAGGUCUUUGUUUUCAAACCUUCGGUAAAGCAAACUGUUGUAGCAGCUACAGAACUAUUCACCAGCGUGACACAAAGUCAAGAUACUCUUCGGCACUCAGAAAAGGUUUUUUCAAAUCUUUCUUUAAAAAUUGUAAAAUAUAUUUUGUGCAGAAUUUAUAAUGGGGGAGAUUAUUGUGUAAUUUAUUAAGUUCAUGGCUUUUUUUUGAAAUAAAACCUGGAAUUCGAUGAAGCUUUUGAACUCUCUACCGAGAAAUGCUUUCCUUUCGGUCAGCACGAUGUCACCUAGCUGCCAGGCAGGCUACAGAAAGGUUUACUUGCUCUGCUAGAGUAGUAGUGAGCUGUAGGAGUACUCGAAGUGACUUCAGGGUGGAAAAGAUGCUGGGUUGGCCAGGAGCUGUGCUCACCGUGUGUGGGUAGCGGCGGUGCCAGGCUCUGGCAGGUACGCAACGUGCUGCUGGAGGAUUUGCCAGAGCCCGGCCCUGCUGGAUGUGCCCGCAGCUGGCUUCUGGACCAGCUGAGGUGAGCCCUGGCCGCGUGGAGCCUUCUGCUGAGCCUCUUAAGAAUCAAAGCGCUGCUCCUCUGGGUGUGCUGCUCCCUUUUCAAAGACGGGAUUAGAGACAGAAGAAGUC